AUGUCGGAUUUUUCUCCUUUCUCAGGUAAUCCUCCAAUUCCACGUCCUGGGUAUCAGAUGCCUGAGCCUGAUGGGUGCAGCUCAUAUUUCUUUGGUCUCCCUUUUCCAGAGGGGAUGGAUAUGGGAAUCCCCGCCAUGACCAAGUGCUGCAACCAGCUGGACAUGUGUUAUGAUACAUGUGGCUCAAACAAGUACCGUUGUGACUCCAAGUUCCGCUGGUGCCUCCACAGCAUCUGUACCGACCUCAAGAAGAGCCUUGGUUUCGUGUCCAAAGUUGAAGCAUGUGAAACGGUGGCAGACACUUUGUUCAACACAGUGUGGACUCUGGGCUGCAGACCCUACAUGAACAGCCAGAGAGCAUCAUGCUAUUGCCAAGGAGAAGAGAAAGAUGAACUCUAACCUAUACCGUAUUACUAUGAAGAAGACAGUGGAAGUUGCAGUAGCAUAUCGAAAGUACUAUUAAGUACACUAGUAUAAGUGGUAUUGCAAUGAACAGCUACAAUGGUAUUUUUCGAAUGACAAUAUUGUUGUAUUUUCAAAGUAUUGCUCUGCUCUAUCAGCAAUGCUGUUUAUUUAUGCUUCUAGGUGGGGAUAACAAUCAUAACAUGACAUUCGUUUUGUUUCAAAUACCUUUUAAAAGUGUAUUGUAUUGACAGAGCUGUAGAUAAACUGCAUAGCGUACGCUCGAAAUAACCUUUGCUAACUAU